AUGAUUCUUGCAAACUACACCAAAACACCGCCAUACACGAUCGAAGCGUUCUUGUUGUAUUUUGGUACCGAAUUUCUACGCUCAACCGACAGCCAGUUCAGCAUCUACAUGCUUGUUGGCAUGCUUGUACGUCUUUGUUUCCGAAUGGGAUACCACAGGGACCCGUCGAGAUUUCCGAACAUCUCGCCUCACGAAGGUGAGCUGAGGCGUCGUAAAUGGCUCGUAGUCAUGUCGCUAGAUUUUACCACCUCUUCUCAAGCCGGACUGCCACGGACGAUCAUGCCGCAAAUGUACGAUACUCAAGAGCCCCGCAACUUGGGUGAAGACGACCUUCACGAAGACAUGCUAGAACUACCACCCUCAAGGCCCGAAACUGAGUUGACGCAACUGCUCUACUCCAUCGUUCUCACGAGGUUGCGAAGUGUGCAGGCCAGGAUUGUAGAUCUCGUCAAUGCUACCUCGCUGCCACCGUACGGAGAGAUCACGGAGAUGGACGCCACACUAAGAGAUGUCUUCGAAAAGAUACCACAAUCGCCAGCAUCGAACACCUUCGACGAUCUUAGUACCGAUUUAUCACCAGACUUCAUGCGCUACACGUAUUUGAACGUAGCCUUCUUGAAGGCCGAGCUUAUGUUGCAUCGACCCUACUUCGUACUCGGCCGAACCGAUAGCAGAUAUACAUACUCCCGCAGGGUCUGCUUGAACGCUGCUAUAGAGAUGCUUCGCCUCCAGAGCAAGCUUGACGCUGAGGUCCAACCAGGAGGUCGACUAACUUCACCAGGGUGGCGUCUCUCUACCUUGAGCUGGUACAUGUCUUCCAUUAUUGCGCAAGACUUCUUACUCGCGACUACCGUCUUGGUAGUCGAGCUUGAUGAGGAACUCAUUGCUCCCAUCCCACUGGGUUCUGAGCUUAUGGAAAGCGGGGUGCAACUGGACAAAGCGUCCCCGACGCAAGAGGAAAUCGUCGCGUCGUUGCGCUCCGCUUAUCACAUCUGGAUCAGGGCUAGCAAGAGAUCGCAGGAGGCACGGAAGGUUGCUACAGCCGUGAAGCUUGUUCUCUCUAAAGUUCACGGCAGUGGGGUACAGGCUACCGAUUCGGCGCACGCGGCUCACAUAGGUGCCCAACCUGAUUUGACUUCCCCAUCCCAGAUUUUCGACACCAACAAUCUUGGAUUCGCUGUUCCCGACUCGGAUGCAUUUGACAUGGGUAAUAGUGCUUUUGGUCACCCGUUCGAUUUUGGCUUCAUGCCAAUGGAUCUGGACCACACUGUCAGUCUCGCCGCUAGCGCCUUUCAACCACACGGAGUGUCGAUGAGCAAGAUGGAUCACAUAGAGGAGACCUUCUACACGGGGAAAGAGAUCGCCAUUGAGCCUGACCUUGGAGACUUGCGGAAGUCUACCGACAAGGCCUUGCCGGCGCCGCCCAAGACACCGAAGAGGGUGUUGAUGAAGUACCGGUUCUCUGCGAUUCUUUCAAUCGCAUUCGCGGUCGCAAGCUUCGUCUUCACGCUGGUACUGGUACUGGCGGGGAGCGAUGAACAUAUGUUUGGUGGACAGUACAUCGUGGCAAUGCUCAAGAUGAUGCUUCCGAUACUAUCGUCGUGGAACGAUGCGAAAGCUAUAGCGAAACCAGUGACAGGCUAUUAA